ACCCGGCCCUCGCCCGCCCGCCGCCGCGCCGCCCGGCCCGCGCCAUGAGCGGGCCCCCGCGGUUCCUCUGCGGCGGGGCGCGUAGCUGAGGAAUGGCCUCGCUGGACCUGCCCUACCGGUGUCCGCGGUGCGGGGAGCACAAGCGCUUCCGGAGCCUGUCCUCGCUGCGGGCGCACCUGGAGUACAACCACACCUACGAGACCCUCUACGUCCUCUCCAAGACCAACAGCAUCUGCGAUGCCGCCGUCUUCCCCUUGGCCGCCGACGCGGCCCUGCUGACGCCGGCUGCCCGGCGGGACUACUUCGAGAGCACCUCCUUCCAAGGCAAGGAGCAGCGCUUCUCCUGCGACCUCGUCCCCGCCGAGGAGCUGGAGCCGGCCCCGUCCUCCUCCCCCUCGCCCCGCUAUGUCCACGAGAUCGAGAUCCCGCUGACGGAGAUCUUCACCCGCGGCAAAGCCGUGGCGCCGGCCCCCACGCCCCCGGCCACUAUGGACGCAGCCUACGAGGAAGGCCUGGCCCGCCUGAAGAUCCGCGCCUUCGAGAAGCUGGAGGUGGACAAGCGGCUGGAGAAGCUGACGGAGGAGGUAGAGCAGAAGAUUGCCUCGCAGGUCGGCCGGCUCCAGGUGGAGCUGGACCGCAAGAGCUCGGAGCUGGAAAAGGCCAAGCAGGAGAGCCUGCGGCUCAGCCGGGAGAAGCAGGAGCUGGAGGACCGGGCGUCUGAGCUGUCCCGCCAAGUGGACGUCAGCGUGGAGAUGUUGGCCUCCCUCAAGCAGGACCUGGUGCAGAAGGAGCAGGAGCUGACGCGCAAGCAACAGGAGGUGAUGCAGAUCGACCAGUUCCUGAAGGAGACGGCCGCCCGCGAGGCCAACGCCAAGGUGCGCCUCCAGCACUUCAUCGAGGAGCUGCUGGACCGGGCCGACCGCGCCGAGAAACAGCUCCAGAUCAUCAGCAGCAGCUGCGGCACCACCCCCAACGGCAGCCUGGGACGGUGCAGCGCGCCCGGGGCCAAGGGCGCCAGCCGACCGAGAGACAGGCACCCCGGGCCGGGGGUGGCCGUGCACGGCCCGUACGGCAUUUCCAACCAGCGCUCCUCUUCCAGCACGGGGGCCUCGAGCCGGGCAAAAGCCGUGUCGCAGAGCUCGGGCUGCUACGACAGCGACAGCGCGGAGCCGUGCCCCACCGACGCCGACGCCGACGGGCACCACUACGGCGGCGGGGUGCCCCGGGGUGCCGAGCGGGACGGCGCCCGGGGCUCGGGGCUGCGCCGGCAGGCCAUCCAGAACUGGCACCGCCGGCCCUACCGCAACAGCACCGAGGGCGAGGAGGGCGACAUCUCCGACGUGGGUUCCCGCACCACCGAGUCGGAGGCCGAGGGCUGGGAGCCGGAGGCGCCCGGCGCUUCCCGGCCCGUGAGCAGCUGCCGGCUGACGGCCAGGUCCGAGGGGGCGGUGGCCAAGGCGGCCCGGCUGGAGAAGGGCAGCCCGGGCCACUCCAGCGAGGUGAUCAGCCCCGAGAUCCUCAAGAUGCGGGCGGCACUUUUCUGCAUCUUCACCUACCUGGACACCAAGACGCUGCUGCGGGCGGCUGAGGUGUGCAAAGACUGGAAGUUCGUGGCCCGGCACCCGGCCGUGUGGACGCGAGUGCUGCUGGAGAACGCCAGGGUGUCUUCAAAGUUCCUCGCCAUGCUGUCGCAGUGGUGCACCCAGACGCACUCCCUCACCCUCCAAAACCUCAAGCCGCGCCAGCGCGGGAAGAAGGAGAGCAAGGAGGAUUACAUGAAGAGCACGCGGGGCUGCCUCGAAGCCGGGCUGGAGUCACUGCUGAAGGCCACGGGCAGCAACCUGCUGAUCCUCCGCAUCUCCCACUGUCCCAACGUCCUGACGGACCGCUCGCUCUGGCUGGCCAGCUGCUACUGCCGGGCCCUGCAGGCCGUCACGUACCGGAGCUCUACAGACCCCGUGGGUCAUGAAGUCAUCUGGGCCCUUGGAGCAGGCUGCAGAGACAUCAUCUCGCUCCAGGUCGCACCUCUGCAUCCGUGCCAGCAGCCAACGCGUUUCAGCAACCGCUGUCUUCAGAUGAUCGGCCGAUGCUGGCCGCACCUGCGGGCGCUGGGUGUCGGAGGGGCCGGCUGCGGUGUCCAGGGACUGGCAUCCUUAGCCCGGAACUGCAUGCGGCUGCAGGUCCUGGAGCUGGACCACGUGGCGGAGAUCAACCAGGAAGUUGCAGCAGAAGUGUGCAGAGAGGGGCUGAAGGGGCUGGAGAUGCUCGUGCUCACCUCCACGCCGGUCACCCCCAAAGCCCUGCUGCACUUCAACAGUGUGUGCCGGAGCCUGAAGUCCAUCGUCGUGCAGGUGGGCAUUGUGGACUACUUCAAGGAGCCCCACAGCCCGGAAGCCAAGAAGAUGUUCGAAGAAAUGGUGAACAAACUCCAGGCCCUGAGGAAAAGACCCGGCUUUUCAAAGAUUUUACACAUCAAAGUGGAAGGAGGCUGUUAGACCUUCAGGGAACCACAAAGCACAUUCCCUCUUACGCCCGACGGAGCCAGCGGCCCAGCGAAACCAAACCGACGGUCCGCCGUUCACCUGUUGCGGACCCGGAGACGCAGAGUCGCCGGCCCGUGCACAAGAAGUGACUCUUGCAGGCCUUAGUGCCUGGCGGCUGGUGCUCUUCGGGGCUGGCUCGCGGACACGUCGCCGGCAAGAAGGUGCUACUUAAGGAAAUUUUUAGCCUGCCCGCGGGGACACAGCUGCGCUCUUUCCCAGGAGGGAGAAUGGCUUCGGACGCCGUGGCUGCUCAUUGCCAAGGAUCCCUGUUUGGGCAAUGUCUUUUUCUUUGAUUUUUUUCUUUUUUUUUGGCUGGUUUUUGUCUUGGGAGCGGAGGAUGACUCAGCCUGCGGGCCGUCCCCAGGGCUCUCGCCAUGCCCUCCCACCACGCGGAGCAUCUCGGUCAUCCCCACUGCUGCGGAGGAGCUUGCAGAUGGUUGAAGGCCGUGAGCUGGUGGCUCUUCGCAGAGGGCGUGCUGGGCUCGGUGCCAGGGUUUCGUGGAGCUCCUUGCAUAUCCUUUCGCAGAGUCACGGCUGGACCAGUCCUGUGCUCUCCGUGGGAUGGUGGAAGUGGGGUGGGAAGGGGCCAUCCCUACAGAGGAAACAGUACCCAGCGUUCCUGCAGAUUUUCCGCUAGCUUUCUUUUUAUUUACCUGUUUCUUUAGAAGGGGGGCACCCAAACGUGGGUGAAUACUGCCCAGAAACCAGCAGCCAUGACAGCACAACCACAGACUGCAGACCUGACCUCCUUCUUCGCGGGGACUGCAGGGGCCAGCUGGCGCCAGGAGAGAUGGUUGCUCUUCCAGAGGUCUCAGCCUCACCUCCUCUCCACUCAACCCUUCCCACCAAGGCAAUAAACCAUCUCUGAAAAACCCAUUGUCCACCGGGAAACACGGGUAACGCUUCUGUCUUCAUGAACGUCCACCUUCGGCUCAAACCCCCUCCGGAGUGGAUUGUCCCGUGCUGAGAGAGGGACUUGCAUGGGCAGAAGAAAAUGCGUGAGAGGAGAGUGUCACGACUCACCAUACCGAUGUUCAGCCACCUCCUAGCCCAUCCCAAGCAGCUUGGAGGAGAAAUCCUGGCCAAAUUGUUCCAAAAUCGAAAGCUGCUUCUUUCACCAACCCACCGUGCUGAACAGCAGAUCCCUUAUCUACAGCCACGGCUUUUUAUUAAUCCUGUUUUUCCCUUUUGGCUACCUUAUUCCUGGAGGGAAGUCACCCUUCCUGACAUCCCCCUUCUUUUUCCAAAGGAAAAGGCUCUCGACAGGCAUCCAGCAGGUUCAGAUGUUUUCAUCCUCCACCCCGUGAAGAAGAUGCCAGGAGGUCUCCAGGCCACAGGGGACCCCAUCACAGCACUGCCAGAAGCAGGGACACACCGGCCUUAAACGGCAUCUCCUCUUCCUCCAGCCUCUGCAACACUGUCAGGGGCAUCCCCUGGGCUGGAGAGAGCAUCCUGGGCAGGAUGGUGACGGCCCCCAUAGAGAAAACACCUAAAUCCUCGAUCCUGGAGAGUAAGUCGGGCUGCUGGGUGGGCUGGAAGCAGCUCCUGGUCUCCAGCUGCGGCAGGUAUCUCAGAAGACCAUUUCACCCACCCCUCGUCCGGUCCAGGCUGCCUCCUCCAAAGCAGGGUAGGGUUGCAUGCGGCCUCUUUGCCGUAACCCGCGAUUCGAAGCACCUCCGUUUCCCCCCGACUGCAGCUUUCCGGGGGAAGGCUGCUUCCCGCAUGCCCAAAACGCAGCCGGCGGGAGCCCAAAAAGCCGCCUCGAAGGAAUUCCCAUGUCCUCCUGCCCCCGAGAGCAGCACCAGGAGGGACCCAGCCUCCAUGCGCGGAGACCUCAUCCGUCACGCUGCACGCUGACGUCUUACCUCCAUCCUGGGGCUGGGAGGGGAGAUAGGACGGGUGCAAAUCCACAGGGAAAAGCAAGAAGGGAGCAAAAACCAGCAAAAAGCAGAGCAAAGCUGCAGUCCCCGGGAGGAAACCAUCCAGCCUCCGAGUACCACAUCUGCCACCUUCCCAUGAGAGCAGCCCGCGGCCAUGAGGGCUACAGCUUGGGGACGUCCCCUCAUGCACCGGCGCAGAGACUUGCAAAAUUACCUUAAAAGAAACAAAGUAAGUAUUUAUUUCCAUAAAGAAAAAAAGAAAAGAUUUUAAAGAAAAAAAAAAUUAUAUACUCAGCAUGUUUAUACACUAUGCUUAAAGACUAUCGUGUUGGAGAGCCCCGUCUGAAGACUGAAGGUGUCUGCUCCAGAUUUGCUGCUAGUUCGAGGACGUCCCUGUCCCCCCCGUGGUGCCGAGAGUCAGCCACGGCGCCCAUCUCUCCUCUGGGCUGCGGGAAGGAUGAGGACGGGGUGGUGAAAAUGGGGGAAAAAGGAUGUUGAGGACUCUUGGAGAAAUGUUGGUUGUCGGUCGGCGAGGCCGGAGCGGCUGUUUGUGUCGUCAGUGGAAGUUUCUGCUCGUGAUCGCGGUGGCGUGGAGCCGUAGGUGUGUGAUUAGUCCGUGUGUGACGCCUCCCCUCAUUGCCCCCCCCCCCCCACGAGGGUGUUGCAAACCCUGGUGGGACAAUGUCACCCGAAUUCGGUGUUUCAGGUGCGUCCCCACGCCCGCUCCAAGACCGGACUGAGCCGUCCGCCUCCCAGACAUUGGCCUUUCGCUCCAAAACAAAGCCGAACCUGCAGCUUAGGUAAAAGCAAAUUUAAUCCGUGUUUUACAAAAAAAUCCUGCGCAAUGGAAUGAGACCCUGAGUCGUUCCCAAGCAUCGAAGAUGAAAAGUGGGGUUUUUUUUUCCCCAUUUUGCUUGGUAUGAGUCGUGCGCAGGGCUGCCCAGCGAGGCAGCGGUGGGAUGCUGCAACGCUCGGCGCCGGUGUUGCAGAGCGGAUCCCUGGUGGCACCGGACGGAGCCUGGGACCGAGUCGGCUGCUGGCCCGAAAGCAUGCUGGCAGCAGUCCCACGGGCAAGGAAGCUCACUAAAUGAGCAGAAAACUUAUUUUUUUCCCCACCUGGGUUAUUUUUCUGCUGAUUCGGAAAGCCAGCCCAGUUCAUGCACCUCCACACCAGCCCCGGGUCCAAGCAAGCCCAUCCUUCAACAGACAAAGCCAACAUCUCCUCCAGCACCUGGGAGAAGUCCCUCCCCAGCUGCACCACCAGCCUGGGCUGCUCCCUUCCUCCUCCUCAGCUGGGGAUGAAGGUGUCAGUUCAGAAACAGGAGCCUGGGCAGCGCACACAGCUCUGACAUGGUGAUACGGGCUCCGUGACAUGCAAGUGAUGCCAGGGGCAAUAAGGGCCCCACAUCUCCCCGGUCCCCCCCCCCCCCCAGCGCCUCCUAAUUGGCCCCGUUGUUAAUGGCAACGAGCUCAUUAAGGGCUCUGUGUUUCUUCAGCUGAAAUGUCAUAUUGAUCGUUUCCCUGCCAGCUCCCAGGGAGAGCUGAGGCCGGGGCGAGCUGCUGGGCAGUCAUCCUUCUCCCGGCAGCAGGAGCCCUGGGAUGGCCCCAUCCCAUCAGGGUGGACACGUGGGUGCCGGGGUGGCCCGUGGAAGCCUCCCUACUCCCCGACUCCGGAUGCUCAGCCAGUGCUGCCCCGUAUCUGUAGGAUUUACUGCUCAGUCCUAGGGUUUCAGCCCAAUUUCCUCUGGAAACGAGGGCAAUGCACUCACGCUCUGCAUGUGAUCUCCUUGCCCAAGAACUUGCAAACCUGCUGGGUGAUUUUAGCCAGAUUCGAUGGUGAGGGAACAGGCACAGAGAUGUCCAGUCCCCCAGAGACGAUGUGAAAUGAAGCAGCUGAGGAGGGUGCCCACAGGGAAGGGUGUGCUGCAGCUAAGCUCAACCCCAUACUAGAUGCCAGAGAAGCCACACCAGGGAUCAGCCAUGACAAUCCACACUGCGAUGCCAGCAAAAAUCAGGGCACAACUGCCCAGCCCGGGGCUGAGUGUCCACCAAGAGCUGGUUUCGCUCGUGGUGUCGUGGUGCCCGGCAGCAACCACUGCCGAAGCCACGAGGAGCCGGGCCCAGUGGUGACACCAAUUCCUGCUGGGAACGGCUUCCUUGCGAGGUUUCUAGGACCAGUUUCUGGUGGAUAUAUUUUUGCCAUGAGGUUGCCAAGGCUUUUCAUGGCCAAUUUUAGCAGGAUUUCCCCAUUUCUUGGAUGUCAGUGCCGGUCGGGGAUUUCAAGAGGAACAACACCAGCAAAGCCGGGUUGGUGGCAUGAGGCCGAAUUCAGCCCGAAGCUUCAUUUCACCAUCUGCUUUUCUCAAGACGUGACUUUGCUCUUAGUCCAUCACUCGCGAGCCCUGAGGACCCGGGAGCAUUUCUUGAGCUCAGGCUGAUGCCUUGGACAUGGGGCAGGGGCAGGCGUUGGAGAGGGGCUGAAACGCAGCUGCUUUUCACAUCUGUUGUCCAUUUUUCCCUAACGUGGCCUGGAGCUGAGGGCUGCGGCAGCCUCCCUCCGGGCAGCAUCAAACGGAGCGGGUCAGGGAUGGAGUAUCCCAAAGAAAGAAAGAAAAACCCUGGACUCAGCAAGUCCAAGGUGGUUUCAAACAAAGCAGACGGCAAAAAAGGAAAAAAAACUAAAUCUUCUCAUGUGUCACAGUCCCAGCUGCCACCAAGGCAUGGCCAAGGCCAGCUCUAACACACCUUGUUCGGCUCCUCCUAAAGGCUCCUAACUAGGUUAAAACAAACAAAAAGAAACAAAAAAAAGGAAAAUAGUGAUAAAGGCCUUUCUCAGCACAAUUAUUUGCUCUAAACUCGAAGGUGUUAAUUUUUCUCCGCUCCUAAUUUUUCUCCACCAGGCAGGGGUUUAUUGCCCGGCUGGUGGUUCCCAACAGGCAAUGUGGCGAGAAAAGGAUGAGCAGGUUCGUGCCGCUAUUAGCGGAGCCCCAGGACAAGCCUUAACGACCCCGGCGCCCACGCAAUCCAAGCGCGUUUCUUCAGCCUGUUAUUUUGGGCUGAAAACC